AUGGCGAUCUCCCCACCCUCCCGGGCCACACAAACCAAAAUCCAAUCAGGCCUAGAACUGCCCCGGCCGCUGAAGCCAGGCCUAGAGAAAAACCCCGAAUCUCAAGACGAGCCAUCAUACAUACUGAGGGCCACAGCUGCAGCUCAGACCCUAGCCGGUAUCAUCCGGUCUUGCUAUGGCCCCUUUGGCCGGCAGAAGUUCCUGGUGACUGCCAAGGGAGAGUCGGUUUGUACAGGUCACGCAGCUGCCAUCCUCAAGGCUCUGGAGCUGGAGCAUCCAGCUGCCCAGUUUGUUCAAGAAUUAGCCCAAACCCAGGCCGAGAACACGGGGGAUGGCACAGCCUUUGUCGUUCUCCUGACGGAAGCCUUGCUGGAGCAGGCCCACUACCUUCUGCGGGCAGGCCUAACUCCAAGCCAGCUCCGGGAGGCCUUGGCCACGGCCACAGCACACGUCCUGACCGCUCUGCCUUCCCUGGCCAUCCGCUCUCUAGGGCCUUUGGAAGACCCUUCCUGGGCGCUCUAUUCUGUGAUGAACACCCACACCCUGUCCAACGCAGAUUACUUAACCAAGCUUGUAGCUCAAGUGUGCUGGGUUAGCCGGGAGCCGAACGGCAGCUUCAAGCCUGAGAGUAUUGUCGUGUGCAUACUUCAGGGUGGGACGUUGACCGAUUCUCGAAUUUUCCCUGGAGUAGCAAUAGCCGGGAAGCUCUGUGGAGAAAAGACCGAGGUGCUGAGUGAUGCCAAGGUGGCCCUGUUCGAUUGCCCCUUUGGUCCUACAAAUCUACUUUCACUGGCCACACCGCGUCUCUCCAACCCAGACGAACUACUAAGAUUUCGGAAACAAGCCGAAAAAGUGGAAAAGGAAAUAGUCCAACUGGCCGCUAUGGACAUUAACGUGGCGGUGGUCUUGGGCGAAGUUAAUGAGAAGUCGGUGGAACAGGCGGACUUGUGUGGCAUCAUGGUAAUUCAAGCCAAGUCCCGAAAGGAAAUUGUCUACCUGAGUGAGAAGCUGGGGACUCCUCUGCUCAGUCGGCUCCUUCCUCCCCUGGAGCCUGGGAAGUGCCACAAGGUUUACAGGAAGGAGUUUGGAGAUAGUGCAAUGAUAAUGUUUGAGUGGGAAAACGAGAUUGCACCUUUUCUCUCAGUGGUCCUUAGGGGACCCACCAUCCAGGGACUUCGGGGUGCAGAGCAGGCUGUCUACUAUGGCAUUGAUGCAUUUUCUCAGCUGUGUCAAGAUCCUAGACUGCUGCCAGGAGCUGGUGCCACCGAGAUGGCUCUGGCAAAAAUGCUGGUAGACAAAGGAAGCCGACUGGCUGGCCCCAACGGUCUGGCCUUCCAAGCAUUUGCUCAAGCCCUGAGUUCUCUGCCUAAAACCCUGGCAGAGAACGCGGGCUUAGCUGCCCAAAAGGUGAUGGCGGAAAUGACUGCAUUUCACCAAGCUGGGAACUUCUUCAUUGGAGUGGGAGCAGACGGUUUAGUAAAUGUGACGCAUGAAGGUGUAUGGGACAUACUGAGGACCAAAGCCCAAGGGUUACAAGCCGUCGCUGAGCUGGUGCAGCAGCUGGUGACUGUGGAUCAGAUUAUAGUGGCCAGAAAGACUCCUGUGUACCGACAGAUCACAAAGCCCAACUCGAACGCAAAGGUAUCCUCACCCAUGAGAGCAAAAUUCUUUGGAAAGUACGUAUAG